AUAACGCAACCAUUGCUGGGAAUGAUUAUUAUAAUUCUCUCAUCAACAGGAUUCUUCUUCUUUUCCAGAGGGAAAAUGGUGAAUUAUAAAGUGACUGUAUUCAAUGGUUCACCUAUCAAUGCCGUAACUACAAAUGACGUCUUCAUUAAGCUGGUGGGCAUAGAUGGGGAAAGUGAACCCAAUAAACUCAACGCGCCAAUUUCUUUCACCAGUACACAAGUGGCCUGGCCUGUCUCUAUUGGAAAGCUGAUUCAGAUAAAGCUCGUCAAAAAGAAACCCAUAGUGUUCGCUGAAGUCGAUUGGUUCCCUGCCAAGGUUGAAGUGGAAUCUCCUGAUGGCAAAACGUACAACUUUCCCAUCUACCGCUGGAUCACAGACAGCGUUGAGCAAAGCUUCAGAGAAGGAACAGCUCUGAGAGCCUUUGACGACAGCACUCCUAUUGGCAGGGACAGUCGGGAGCAGGAGCUGAAUCAGCGAGAGAAAGACUAUUGCUGGGAUGUGUAUAAAGAGGGAAUACCCAGCAUCAUGAAGGCAAAAGAUGUUGAUUCUCUGCCUUCUGAGGUCCGCUUCUCCUGCACCAAGACCAAACUGUUUGAUUUCACAGGAAAAGCUGCGCUGACUGAGUUGAAAUUAAAGGGAAUCGCUGACUCCAAGGACAACUGGACUGAUAUUAAUGAUGUCAAUCGUGUGUUCAGCAACAAGGACACUAAGAUAUCAAAAUAUGUAGAGGAACAUUGGAAGGAGGAUGCCUUUUUUGGCUACCAGUACCUAAAUGGUAUCAACCCCAUUUUGAUCCGACGUUGUACAGCUCUGCCCGAAAACUUUCCUGUCACUGAUGAGAUGCUCUUCCCUGAUGGUCAGAGUAGUUUGGCAGAUGAAAUGAAGAAUGGCAACAUAUUCCUGUUAGACUACAAACGUUUUGAUGGACUGAAAGCAAACAUUGUCCAUGGGAAGCAGCAGUACCUGAUGGCUCCCCUUGUCCUGCUCCAGAAAACACCUGAUAAGCUGAUGCCGAUUGCUAUUCAGCUGAAGCAGACUCCAGCAGAGGACAACCCCAUCUUCCUUCCUACUGACUCUGAGUACGACUGGCUGAUGGCCAAGAUGUUUGUGAGAAGUGCAGAUUCCAGCGAGCAUCAACUAAAUGUUCACCUGCUGCGCACUCAUCUGCUGGCUGAGGUUUAUGCUGUGUCACUGCUGCUCAACGUGCCCAUGGUGCAUCCACUCUACAAGCUCCUCGUACCUCACACUCGCUACACUCUGCAGAUCAACUUAAUGGCUCGAAAUCUUCUAAUAUCUGAAAGUGGAUUUUUUAACAAGUAUGCCGCUUCUGGCGGUGAGGCUCUGUUCACAAUCCUGCAGAGAUCCAUGUCCUCAAUCACCUACAAGUCUCUCUGCAUGCCGGACGACAUUGCUGAGCGUGGGAUGGAGGAUGUGCCAAACUACUACUACAUGGAUGACGGACUCAAGCUUUGGGAUAUCAUUCAGAGGUUUGUGGAGGGAGUGCUCAGCUUCUACUACAAGAGUGAUGAGCAGGUCCAGCACGACUUAGAACUACAGAAGUGGUUUUCUGACAUUUUGGAACAUGGAUUCCUUUCCCAAGAAAUCACAGGAAUUCCACAGUGCUUAAGCUCUGUGACUGAGUUGGUGAAGUUUGUCACGAUGGUGGUCUUCACUUGCUCAGCACAGCACUCAGCUGUGAACGAUGGCCAGUUUGACUAUGGUGGCUGGAUGCCCAACAGUCCCUUCUCCCUGCAACUUGCCCCACCAACCACAAAGGGGACAACAAGCGAGGCCACGAUGCUGAACACACUGCCUGACAUCGGUACAUCAGCUCAGGGAAUGGCCGCCUUGUGGCUACUCAGCAAGCCUCCGUUUGACUUUGUCCCUCUCGGCCAGUUCCCAGAGGAGCAUUUCAGUGAGGAGAUUCCCUGUCAGCUGAUAAAGGAUUUUCAAGAAGAGCUUGAAGUGUUAAGUGCAGACAUCAUAGACAGAAACAUUGGUCUGGAUAUCCCAUACACAUACAUGGAUCCAGCGCUGAUGGAAAAUAGUGUGGCUUUAUAAUGAUCAUAAUGUGAGACCCUUAGCUGUCUGCUACAUUUUGCUUAAUAUUAGCGGAGAGAAAGGGAAUACAUUAAUAUUCAGUUUUUAAGUAUAUACUGGAAAGAAGCUACUACCUGUUAUAUUUGUAUGCAUGUGAUUUAUAUAGCAUAUUCAAGUUAAGUGUUUUUUAAGUUUUAAAUCAGAAUAAAAACGUAUUGGGCCUCUUUAAUAAUCGAGAUACAGAGGGAUCCUUUAUGAGCCUGUUUGCUUUAUGCCAGUAAGUCGACAGAAUAUAAUUAUAUCUUUUUGAAAAAAUACCAUUGCAAAUUGCAAAUACCCUUUUAAAAAUCACAACAUAGCCCAAGUUCCAAGCAAAUUUGAUCAGCAUAUUCUCUGGAUUGAUUAUCUCUUAACUUUUAAUGAUUUUUCUUUAUAUUCAAAAAUGUCUUCAUAUUCUAGAAAUGUGUUCCAGUGUUGCUUUGUUGAAGAGUGACUUGUCAAGUUUGUGUCAGACUUUCUGCAUGUAAUACCUCCUUUGAAUUGUAUUAACUAUCACUAAGUAGUUUAAACUGACCACAUUUAAUCAAAAUAAAUAAAUAAUUCUACAAUA